CCUGUUUGCCGGAAAUUCAAAAGAAGAAGAAGAGUGGCAAGUCACAAGAAGAAGAAGAGGACCCCCUGUUAAACCUCGUGAAGCGGGAAUUGACAGCUCACUACCAUGGACUGGGGUCAGAGUGAGCUGCCAUCUCCUGUGGUUCGAGACGACGAGGUGACGAUCGCUGCCCGCAGGCGGAGGAAGAAGGUGGCCUUCCCUACACCCGGCAAUGGCAGCCCUGUCGUUUCCACGGUAACACCAGCCCGCUCCCUGCUGAGGACCACUCCUGCUUCACUGUUCAGACAGGCUGUAACUCCCAGGGUUCCAGAUGUUUCCUCCAUUUUGGCUCCCGGAGGUCGAACGCCUCGAUACACACACACGCCAAGGAACGCACUCAGCAGUAUGAACUUGGACGACAGUGAUUGGACCAACAGCAUGUACACCUCCCCUGUUUCCGGACUGGAGAACACCAGCUUCUUCACAGAGGACAUCACCAACCUCAGCUCAGCCCUACUGAAGGACGACGACCCAGGAGAGGCCGCCGCUGCCAGUCUUUUCCCAGAGUUCCUUGCGUCUUUUCUGAAACACUCUUCCUCUGCGGUGUUUGAGCUGCUGGAGGAUUACCAGACACUCUGCCAGGACAAGGUGGACGUGCUGCAGUCUGUGGUCCUCAGAGCGGGUCAGAACAGUAAAACAGCAGGAGUCCGCUGGCUGCUGCAGCAGGAGAACUGCUCCUGGAGACUCAUCACCUCGCUCUACAGGGAUCGGGUCCAGUUGGCGCUGGAAGAUGACAUCAUGACAGACAUGGUUGUUCCCAGCGAGAGUGAGAAGGUUGUGGUGGAGCAGCUUUUUCAGCGGGAUGCUGUCAUACGACAGAGUCAGCUGGUCGUUGAUUGGCUGGAGUGCAUCGCCAAGGAUCAGAUUGGAGAUUUUUCUGAUAAUAUAGAAUACUACGCCAAAAACGUCUGCUGGGAGAACACUCUUCAUGCACUGAAGAUGAGGAGGAAGAGCGGCGCUGCCUUCACUGUUCCUCUCGUCACCGAACUGGACCCAGAUGCUCCUCUACGGCAGCAGCGCCCCCUGGCUGACCUGGACAGAGAGGACGACGCCCGACUGCUGAAGAACCUGUUCAACCUGAUCAGAGCGGGGAUGACCGAGGAGGCUCAGAGGCUGUGUAAACGCUGCGGUCAGGCCUGGAGAGCAGCAACUCUAGAAGGCUGGAAACUCUACCACGAUCCCAACAUGACCUCAGGUAGUAUAGAGUUGCAGCCGGUCGAAGGAAACCCUCAAAGAGGAAUCUGGAAGGCCUGCUGCUGGAGAAUGGCUGAGGAGGAGCAGUUAAACAGAUAUGAGCGAGCGAUCUACGCCAGCCUGAGUGGGAACCUCAAACCGCUCCUGGCAGUGUGUGAAUCAUGGGAGGACUGCGUGUGGGCAUACUUCAGAGUGAUGGUCGACUCGCUGGUUGAAAAGGAUCUGAUGUCAUCGGGUAUGGCCCACCAGGAAGUGGAGACACUGCCACGGGAAUACCUGGAGGCCAAUUGGACCAUGGAAAAGGUGUUUGAGGAGCUUCAAGCCUCGGAAUCGAAGAGGGUGUUGGAGGAGACGAGAGAGCAUUACCACGUCAUCCAGAAGUUUGUCAUCCUGGGCGACCUGGACGGUCUGUUGGAGGAGUUUUCUGAUUGGCUGACAGCCACUAAGCCCCUCCCCUCCCACCUGCUGCGUUUCAUGACUCACCUCCUGCUUUUUUUCCGCUCUCUGGGUUUGGCGCUGAAGGAGGAGGUUUGCUAUGAACAGGCCUCCCUGGCUGCCUGGUCGUGCCGCCUGGACGUUCUGACUGAAGAUGUGAAAGAGAGAAUCUACAACGUGCUGCUGUUCGUCGAUGGAGGGUGGAUGGUCGACAACAGACAGGACUCAGAGCAGGAUUCGGAGCGCAGCCACCAGAUGGCGGCGUUGCGUUCCCUGUGUCUGCCUCGCCUCAGCUUCUUGCUGCUCAGCGUGUUGCAGAGCUCCUCCAGACACCAGGAGGCGCUGCGACUCGCUGACAUCAUCUCAUCUGACCAGCACCGUCUCUACCAGGUUUUCUCCAAAGAGGAGCUGAGGAGGUUUCUGCAGAAGUUGAGGGAGUCGUCGCUCUCUCUGCUGGACCGAGGACUCGAUCCACUGGGCUACGAUUUACAGCCAUGAACUCAUAUACGCGCGCAGUUUGAAGUUUGAAUCGCCAUUGUCUUUCGGAAUUGUGUUAAUGUUUUUUGCUAAAUAAAAGCCUGUGUUUCCUGUA